GACGGUGGUAAAAGUAGACGAAAACUCGACUUUUUCAUCGAAGGUGCCGACCUGCCCGAUGUUCCCAAACAUCAUUGGAGAGAUAUUAGAGUAGUCGGUGAAUUUACCAAGUCACCUGUAAAGAGUGAGGAGGAGCUUGGACUUGAUACGACUAUUCGUUGUGUCAAUGGUAAAUCUUACAUCAACAUUAGAGACAACAAAGAUGCAUCAGAACGGGAGAUCGAGAUAGAUCCUGAGCCGAUUUCUAGACCGGAGACAAUAGUUACACGGGCUAACGUCUGCCAUCGGACCAAGGACGAAAUGUACAUGGUCAAGUUUUCGUGGGGGUCAGGUACUGAACGAUCGGAGCUUGAUUAUUUGGAGCUAGCUAAACCGGUGAAUGGUGUGGUUGACUUGAAAUGGAGUAAGGCUAUACAUGAGGUUGAGACCCAUCGAGCUGGGCUGGAUUUCUCAACAGCUCAUAAGGUUUACUUUCGAGAUAACGAAUGGCAUCUCUCGCACGGCCUUCAUAGCAGAACAUCCAAAUCCGAACCCUAUUUCCGGAAACGUAAGCUAACGUUGGCACUACUGUCUCCCAAUGGACGCCCUCUCAAAUCCUGUCGAACGCUUCGGGAGUUCUUAAGUUGUCUACUUGAUGCCAUAAUCGGUCAUCGAGAUCUUUACGCUAAAGCUAACGUUCUACACAGUGAUGUUUCUGAGGGGAAUAUCAUUUUGACCAAGCCUGACGCAGACGGAAAAUCACGCGGAAUUCUUAUUGACUUGGACAUGUCUACUUCGGUUGAUGACAAGGUGAAUGAGACGGAGAAAACAAAAAUAACUGGGACAGUCAAGUAUAUGGCGAUUGAAUUGCUGAGGAACAUGAGCGAAGGCAACUAUAGCAUAAAGAAAUCGUGUCGUUAUGAUCUCGAGUCGUUUUUUUACGUUUUUCUCAUGGGGUGUCUACGGUACGGUUGUUUGAGUGUAAAUUCUGAGUAUUUGAAAAGCUGGUACACAAACAAUACUUCACUGAAUUACUUUAAGAAGAAGGGAGAUAUUAUCGAAAAUUUCGAGACAAAUAUCUUGAAACACUUUCCGUCGAGUUUUGACAGUGUCAAGGAUUUGGCAAGAGAUCUUCGGAAGAUAUUGUUUGGAGAAAAUUUAGAACAGUUCGCGUCAACCUCUAACUCUGCUCAACUUUAUGCACCUAUUAUUAGUGCAUUCAAGAAUAUUAUAACACAAAUUGAUGGUAUGAAACUUCUCCAUCCGCCCUAA